CAAAGAUGGACAAUGCCAUUUUCUAUGGUGUUUUAAUGUAAACUUAGCUCAUAUUAGUAAAUUAACAACUUGUUAAUUCAAUUUCGAAACAAAAAACCGGCCGUUAUGUGUGUGCUGUUAAACCUAGUGAACUAAAUACCUGUAGAUUUAGUGAAUUUAUGAGUAAAUGGCGAUUAUAAAAUUAGUGACUCGAGUUAGAUCAUAACAUUUUUCCCCAAAUAAACAAAGUGCCGCAAACGAUUUGUCCAAUUUUACGGAUGUUUUACCUGUAAGAAUGUGAAUCUCGUCGUGCGUUAAAUGUUUACGGACCGUUUCGUUGUUGUACCGGGUCUAAAUAAAUAACGUAUUAAUGGCGGCUUAUUUAAAACUACCACCAAAGACUCGUAAAUAAAUCGCAAUGAAUGUGUUAUAAAUAUUGCUGACCACUCUCCACACGUUAUGGAACCCGUACUCCAGCGACUGGGAGAUGUCACAAUACAGAGACUUGAAAAACCGAAAGAGCCCAAGGUGGGACCUCAAAAUGACAGUGGUGCUUUGGAGAAGACGAAAGAAGUCAAAGAGGCGAGCUCCAGCUGCAGUGAAGAGGACAGCGAGGACGAAUUUCCGUUGCCGACUCUCAAGAGGUCCCUGCCGGACUCGCAGAUCUCGCUAAAAAAGUUUAAACGAGAUUCCGGGGACCUAACACUGGAAGCUAAAAAAUGUGAUGACAUAAACCGUGAAAUUGCCAGUUUAAAUAAUUUUAGUGAUACAGAUAAUUCAGAGUUCGAGGAUGAAUCUGAGAUUGAGUCCGAGGGUGAACUGAAUGAACUUUUAAAUACUUCAGGUGAUAAACCCAUUAUUGGGAAAGAUGACAUUUCUGAAGAUGAGGGAUCUUCCUCAUUCUUAGUUACAGAUAAAUUGGUUGAGGGGGAAGCUUAUAGUGAAGAGGCACCAAUUGCUCCUAAACAAGAGCCUGAUGAAGAUUAUGAGUAUGAUAUAAAGGAAAAACUUAAAGAAAUGGGUGAGAUUAGUUUUGAGACUGUCAAAAAAGGGGAAAAACCCAAGAAGGCUGAAGUCAGUACUGAAAAUGAGGUUGUUGUUACACCUGCCAAAAAACCUGGAACAUCAGAAGAAGACAAAUCGGGUUUACAAAAAGGCUUAAACAUGCGACGAAAUAUCAGAGAAGUGAUGGAUGAGACAAAGUUGGAUGAAGCUACUCUGGCUGCUCAACGACAAGAAGCUGAAAGAGUGAGAAGGGUGGUGGAGCAGCAGAAAAUCCUUAGGGAGUACCAGAGACAGGCGAACCAAGAGAAAACGCAGCAAAAAGUAUUAAGUCUCCUACAAGGAAACAGCUUCAGCAAAGCUGGACAAUCUUCGAGCACGCGAAUCGGUAACACAGUAUUAGUGAAACUGCCCAAUGGUCAGACUAAACCAAUGACGAAGUUGUCAAAACGACCGUACGAUUUAAUGAAACUGCCGAAAGGUCCGCCGCCACAGGUUCCCCAGCCACCAAUGUCUCCAAUGGCUGCUGCCAAACAUCCUAGAAGUUUGCUUGUUCCAAAGAAACCUGGCACCCAUCUAACACCCAGUGUUAGUAUAGCUCCAGUUAAUAAAAAGGCGCAAUUGCCACCGAUCAUUCCUAAGCAGGAACAAUUCAGCGAGUCUGACAGCGAUGCCGAGGACAAUAAGCCACCCAUAAUGAAGCCCAAAGCAAAAGAUACACCGGUUACGACCAUCGAUAUAUCAUCUGAUGACGAUUGCAUCGUGGUGUCGGAACCUGAAGGUGAUGCCGAUGACACUGAAGACGAUCCCAGCAACUCGGGGAUGCACACCAACGACGAGUUUAACGUGCCAGACGAGCAAGGCAGAAUUCUGGUCAACGUAGGUCAUCCCGACAACGAACCGGACGUUUUCGUUGCACCUCAAAUUGCACGAAUUAUCAAGCCGCAUCAAGUUGGAGGGGUACGAUUCCUCUACGAUAACGUCGUCGAAAGCACCAGUCGGUUCGAGGGCUCAUCAGGUUUUGGAUGUAUACUGGCACAUUCCAUGGGCCUGGGCAAAACACUUCAAAUCGUCUGUUUCUCGGACGUGUUUCUGAGGCACACUCCCGCAAAGACCAUCCUCUGCAUAAUGCCCAUCAACACACUGCAAAACUGGAUGGCGGAGUAUAACAUGUGGUUGCCGACGGAAGAAAAUGCGCCCGCAUCGCCUUUAAACGCCCACGGCGAAGUGCGACCUAGGAACUUCAAUUUGCACGUCCUCAAUGACAGUCACAAAACGUUAACGGCCCGGGCCAAAGUGAUAAACGCGUGGCGGUCUGCGGGAGGCGUGUUACUCAUUGGGUAUGAGCAGUUUAGGUUGUUAUCGUUGAGAAAAUUUCCAAAGUCAAGGAAGAAGGCGCAUCUCCUUGAUAAUCAGGAUGACAACAAGAAUAAAGUCUUAUUUGAUCAGGUACAUGAAGCCCUCAUCAAACCAGGCCCGGAUUUAGUAAUAUGCGACGAAGGCCAUCGAAUAAAAAAUUCUCACGCCUCCAUUUCACAGGCCUUGAAGCAGAUGUCGACCAAAAGACGAGUCGUACUGACCGGAUAUCCACUACAGAAUAAUCUGAUGGAGUACUGGUGUAUGGUUGAUUUUGUACGUCCAAAUUACCUCGGAUCAAAAACUGAGUUUUGCAACAUGUUCGAGCGUCCGAUAAUGAACGGACAGUGCAUAGAUUCCACCGAAGCUGAUAUAAAACUUAUGCGUUAUCGGGCACACGUUUUGCAUUCGUUGUUGUUAGGAUUUGUGCAACGUCGAUCUCAUACCGUCCUACAAACUUCGCUGCCUCAGAAAGAGGAGUACGUACUGCUCGUCAGAAUGACACCAUUCCAAAGGAAACUUUACGAGACGUUCAUGAACGAAGUUGUGCGGUCACAAGCCGUGCCCAAUCCUUUGAAAGCGUUCGCCGUUUGCUGCAAAAUUUGGAACCACCCAGAUGUGCUGUAUAAUUUCCUUAAAAAACGUGCAGGAGGUGAAGCUGUCGAUAUUGACCUGGAGGAAGUAGCAGGGGCGACUCCAGUGAUCACAGGGACCCCAACACAAACGCCGGUUAAAGAAGCCAAACCUAAGAGGACGCCGUCGCCAAGAAAGAAAGCCACUCCUAAGGCAAAAAAUGUUAAACCUGCUGCUUCGGUGACGCCCUACAAUAGCACAUCCGACCCCACAGCUUCUAGCCAAACGUCGCAGCCUCCAACACAGUUAUUGGGAAUACCUGUGUCUUCGGCUGCGCCGACCUCGUUUCGUAACACUAUUUCAUCACAAAAAACGCCUACAGAGCCAGGACAGUCCACUUCUUUUACUGGCAACUCAUCAUAUCAACAGAAUCAAAGUUUCCAAAGUAGUAAUAGCAACAGCAGUUACUUUGAGCAUAAUUUUGAUCAGAAUGCUCAAUUUCCCACCAACUUUGGAUCCAGCACACCAAAGCAGACCAACUUUCAACAAACAUAUCCCCCGGACAAUGCGACUCCAUCACAAAGUACAAAUUUCAACGAAAGUAGUAGUAAUUUUAGUUUACAAGCGGAUUCUCCACAAAGUUUCCUUAACUUGGACAAUCAAUCGACUGUUCAAGGGAACGCCACUAUUUCUUCUUUAGCAAAUCUCCCCUCAGGUAUAUCGUUAACACCACUAAAACCACGAGAAUCAGCUUUAGCUCAACUGAACUCAAGUCAAAUUUCAUUGACGCCCAUGAGUUCUUCGCAAGGUACUUCUACUUAUCAACAGUUAAACAACAGUCAAAUUUCACUGACUCCUAUGAAUACAGGCCAUAGUUCAUCGAGUUUCGCUCACUUGAACUCGAAUCAAAUUACUUUAACGCCUGCCAGGGAAAGUCCUCGUGAAACUACGAUGAAUCAAAUAAACAGUGGACAAAUAUCUCUUACACCACUUGGAGGUUCCAGUCAGAACAUGCCGCCACCUAGUAACUACAGUCAAUUUGGAAGCCAUCAAUAUAAUAGUAAUUCACAAUAUUCGGCCAAUCAAGAGGGAUUCAACCAGCAACCUGAGCAGAGGCCUGUUAACUUCAAACCCGGCCUACCUGGAGGUGCUCCACACAGUGCCACUUAUGCACCCGGAUCCGUUGCAAAUCCAAACUACAACCAACAAAAUGAGCAAGGCAAUCAACAGAAUCCCAAUUUUAACCAACAAAAUAACGCCUUUAAUCAGCAAAAUCCCGGAUUUAACCAAGAAAAUCUUCCUUUCAACAACGCAACAAAUCAACAAAAUCCGGGAUUCCAGCAGGCAAACCAACAAAAUCCAGGAUUUAAUCAACAGAAUGCCAAUUUUAACCAACAAAACGUGGGAUUAAAUCAGACUCAACCUGGUAAUCAACAUUACAAUCAAAGUACUACAAAUUUCAACCAACAGUCCCUCCAAAACCAAAGUUACAAUCAGUCGCAGCAGAAUUUUAAUUAUAAUCAAACGACAGGAAAUCAACAAAACCCUGGUUAUACACAACAACAAAACUCCACUGUUGUUAGUCAUCAAGCCACUCAAAGAAGUAUUUCUUAUAAUCAACCUUCAGCGCAACCAGUUGCGAACCCUCUUGAUUUGAACUAUACUCAGACAUCACAAAGUGUUAAUCAGUACAAUUCUCCAACCACCAAUAGAAGUCAGCAAAAUCAGAAUUUCAACCAGACAAAUUACAAUCGACAGGUAUCUGAUUAUGAUCAACAGACUACGAAUUUUAAUCAACAGUUUAGUAAUACACAACAGAAUACUAAUUUUAAUUCUGCAACAAAUCAACAGUUUCCCACUACACCAACCCAAAAUUACAAUCAACAAAACAAUGAAAACUCAACUUUAACAUCUAGUAGCCAAAACAGGGAGUUUAAUAAUCAACAAAAUCAGCCUAAUAGGCAUACUUUUAGUCAAUCAAAUAAUUAUCCGGAAAUAUCUUUCACUGAAAACAGUUCUACGCAACAAAAUUUUAAUAAUCCAAGGCAAAACUACAGUCAGCAGUCGCAAACUCAGUUCGGUAGAAACAGUCAGCCUCAAAGUGCAACAAAUACCCAACCCAAUCAGUUUAACCAGCAGAACUAUACCCAGAGCAGCAGCUUUAAUCAGCAGGAAAACUUCAAUUACAACCAAAGCCAACAGGGAUUCGAAAGCAAUCAAAACUUCCAACAAACUACGUCACAAGGAAACUUCGAACAAAAUAACUUUCAACAGGCAUCCAAUUAUUGGCAACAACAACAAACCUCCGGCACUCAGGAGGGAAAUUUCUCAAGCCCACAAGACAACAACUAUUACAAUCCACCAUCUAAUUCCCAACAAAUUAAUUUCAGUGCCGGCAAUUCAAAUCAGAAUUGGUUAAAGAAAGAGGAUAGCAAAUCUAAUGUGUCCAAUCAAAUAAUGAGCUCGAUCAAGAACGAAAGCAGUAACGACUCAAAACCAAAGAUAAACAUCAUCAGUGAUAUCAAGCUGCCGCCGGCGUUUUCCAGUUCGUCCGGCUCCGAAAAGAAGAUCAACAUUAUCAGCGACAUCAAGUUGGAACCGAAAAUGGAGGAGGUGGACGAUAAGUUUGACGUCAAAAAGGAGAUCAACAAGUUGAAGAACGAAUUCAAGAACGAGUUGAAGAUAGAGAACGACCAAAAGCCUUUGCCGCCACCGUCUAUCUCUCCGCUGCCGAAGUUGGGCUCCUUGAUGUCGGGCAAAAACGAUUUUAAGAUGGAGAACGAGCCGAAGCCUUUGCCGCCGCCGUCUAUCUCUCCGCUGCCUAAGUUGAGUUCUUUGAUGCCUAGCAAGGACUCGAAGGAAGACAGUGGAAUUCCCUAUGAUUGGGCAAUUGAGCUGUUAAAGGAUUAUGUGCCAGGGAGGAUAGAAAACUCAGCUAAAAUGGAAAUACUCUUCUGUAUUAUAAAGGAAAGCAUCGCCCUCGGUGACAGACUUUUGGUUUUCAGUCAAUCUUUGAUAACGUUGGAUUUGAUUGAACAUUUCCUGCAAAUGAAUAUCGUUCCGGGUGACACCAUCAAUUGGGCAAAAAAUGUCAGCUAUUACAGAUUGGAUGGUUCUACCACUGCUCUAGAAAGAGAAAAACUGAUAAAUGAGUUCAAUUCGAACCCCAAAAUUCAUUUGUUUUUGGUGUCGACGAGAGCCGGCUCUCUUGGUAUUAAUCUUGUGGGUGCGAAUAGAGUUGUAGUACUGGACGCUUCCUGGAAUCCCUGUCACGAUACACAGGCUGUAUGUAGGGUGUACAGGUAUGGGCAGAGGAAACCUUGUUUCGUCUACAGGUUGGUCGUUGAUAAUUGUCUUGAGAAAAAGAUUUACGACCGGCAGGUUAAUAAACAAGGUAUGUCUGAUAGAAUAGUAGAUGAAUGUAACCCGGACGCUCAUCUGACUAUGAAAGACGUAAGUACUUUGUGUUGGGAUGACAAAAAGGAUGAAGGAGAGGAAAAAGACUGGUCACAUGUAAAGGAUAAUUACAUUGAUGUGGUGUUACAAAAGGUUUUGGAUAAGCAUGGACGAAUGUUGAACAAAGAGCCGUUCCAACAUGAAUCCCUCCUGGUUGAUCGCAAAGAGAAGCAGCUUUCAUCACAGGAAAAACGUCUGGCCAAGAAAGGCUACGAACGUGAGAAGCAAGCAGCUAGACAACCCGCCUAUAGCAUGGCCUCUAUGGGUCGGGGUGGUCACAGACCAGUCGCCUCCGUCAGACCGAUGCAACAAGGUGAGCGACCCUCUCGAUGGAUACCCGCCGAACAUUGGCAACGACAAGGUAUGACGGCCCAGGAGAUGACGUUGCCGUUGGACGUGGUGAUUCCAACGAAUCAGCCGGAGAAAGGCAACAUCGUGUUGAAGGCGGGGCAGAAGGUACUCGUACUUAAGUCGCCCAAAGGGGUCUAUAUGCAGUUGGAGAGUGGCAAGAUCGUUGCCAUCAAGACCGCCAUCAAAGUUAAGGGCAAAGCAGACGACAACUCUGGCGACCCGACGAAAAUGAACAAACCUAUGAUACCUCCUAUGCCACAACUACCGCCCACCAUGAAGAGGUGGACCAAUCAACCAAACUUAUGGGCUUUAGGAAAUGUGAAUCCAUCUUUGUCUGUGAUUCCCCCACAUAUGCAGCACCAGCAAAAGAAGAUCGUUAAGCCGUUCCAACCCGGAGUGGCCAAAUUCAACGUCAAAAGCAUCCGCCAAGCGGUGCCCAAUCUAGUUUCGCGGAUUCAAAGCGUCUCAAAGAAAGUACAAAUGGCUAAAACGAAGCCUUAUAAUCUUGGCAGCGAGAUUGCGAAGUCUCUGAAGGAGAAUACGGAUAGCGUCCGAGGCAGCAGCAGCGAGGACGAGCAGCAUUCCAUAGUUGCGCCUGUCGAUAAAAUGGAUAAGCCUAAGCCGCAUGUAGAACGUCUGAACGGGCCCGAGGAAAUCCAGAGGAGGAUUUCCAUGUUGAAAAACAAACAAAUCUCCAUUCAGCGUGUAAGUAGUCAGACACCUAAAUCUACAGUGAGUUCUGGUGUGCCACAGGAGGAUAAGAAGAAGCAGACUUCUUCCUCGGCUCUAGAACAACUUGAGCAAACUACAAGCUCCGUAAUAAACGAAAAUGCUCCUUUUCAAGAUACCCUCGACAGUAUUACUAGUAAUUAUAAAAAUGACAUGGGAAGUAUUGACGAUCAUUUAGAGCACUUACAAGAUGAGGUGGAACCCUCUGAGGAAGAAGAGGAGGAGGAAGAUCCAGGUUUAAUGGAAGACAAAGAAUCUCAACAAGAAGUGGAUACUGAGGCUGAAACCCACGAGAUUAGCGAUCACAGUGACGAAGUGACCUACGUAUCCGAACAACCGCCCACCUCAUCCCACUAUCCCGCACAGUCCCAGGCGUCAACGGAACAAAGCAAACCCGAGGGCACGCAGGAUUACAGCUAUAACAACUACUACAACUACCCGCCGUACCCAGGUCAUCCACCGCCUCCGCAAGGCUACGCGUACCCACCACAACAUCCACCUCCGUACGACAUGGGGUACCACCAACAACCGCAGUAUACUUACGGGUACCAGGGUUAUCCCCCGCCACAACCGUAUCCUCCACCUCCCCCGCAGCCCGGUUAUGACUAUAACGCACCUCCUCCCCCUCCCCAGCCGAUCUACGGUGGGUACCACCAGCCAUAUCCUCAACAGUAUCCUCCCCCGCCACAAGGUAUGUACCCUCCACCACCGCCCGCAGGGGCGCCCUAUCCAGACUACCAAUAUCCUUCCAAUGCGCCGCCCCCACAACAACCAUACUAUCCCAACACUUAAGGAGAACUAACGUGUUAAUUUAGUGCAAUCGUAAUUGUUUUUAUUGAGGUCUGAAACUAUCGGUGUUUGCAUGCAAAAUUCUUAUUUAGUUUGGUAUCAUGUCAUAUUUUAGAUUAUGAGACAUCAUUCUAGAUGUGUUAACUGGUUUCUAUGUUUACCAAACUUAAAUAUCAACGCUUAGGAGAUGAAAUACAAACAAGCUUUGUAGAAUUUGAAUGUUGAUAAAUGUAAUUAUUUUAUUUUAUCUUGUAACAAGAUAGUUAUAUUAUUUAAAGUGGAACUGAAUUAUGUAAUAUCACUCCCGUUUAAUUUUUAAACAUAAAUUUAUUUUGCAUUUACUAAUUAAGGUAUAUAUUUUCAGUGAUCCAUUAGAACAUUAAAUUAUCGUAUUAUAA